CUAGGUAUAUGUGCUGCCAGGCAUUCAAAGACAUUGAACUCUCAGCUUGAGGCAGAACUGAGCACAUUUGUGCAGGGGAAUCCAUGCCUCAUGCUGCUCUCCAGUCUGCUCUGGGUGUUCCUGGCCGUCACCUUCUCUGGAUCUGGUGUGGCCCAGAAGGUUAUUCAAGACCAGCCAUACAUAACCAGUCAAAUAGGGCAAUCUGUCAUUCUGAAAUGUCGGUAUGAAUUAAGUCAGAGUGGGUACACGCACUACUUUUUUUGGUACAAGCAGCUUCCCAGUGGAGAGAUGACUUUCCUUAUUCGUCAGGAAUCUUUUGGCCAGAAUGCAAGGAACGGCCGCUACUCUGUAAACCUUCAGAAAGCACAGAACUCCAUCAGCCUCACCAUUUCAGCCUUACAGGUGGAAGACUCUGCAAAGUACUUUUGUACAGUCCGGGAACUCACAGUGCUUGAAGUAAUGGGAAAAGCUGUACAAAAACCCCAGAGUGUAAUAAGAGAGAGCCCUCCUGCUGCAGGACCCCAGCUGAAAUGCACACCUGCAGACCUCAGACAAGAAAUGGUAGUCCUGUGGUUGCUUCAUCUGUGGUCUGGAUCAGAGGAUUUAAUUUUAAACAAAAACUCCUUCCAUGUCAUUUGGAAACAGGUGUCCAGAGUAACAUUCUACUAAUACAUUCUCAGUCUUGAAUUUUUGACUUUCAAACAAUCAUACGGAACAUGCAUUUCUAAAGUUGAAUACUUGCCCCAUUAUACAUCAAACUGGCAGCUUCACCUAAAGACCCUCACAUGACAAACAUGCGUCUAGUUAUAGUUAUCUGGAAUCAUCAUGAAAAUCAUUUCCUUAGUCCUUUCCUCUUAGACUUUGUGUCACUGAGGUUACAAUCAGAAAAGCAGAACCACUAAUGGUGUCGAAUAGGAGAUUAGUUAUUGAGAUUAGAAUUCUGGCAAUUGCUAGAGCUGGAGGAGUCUAUACAACGCUGUUAUCUUUGUAUCUGGUGUUGAGACUGAAUUCUCUGGUAGCCAGCAAGAGUAACAUUUGAGGGAAAGUUGGGUGCAGACAAAAGCAUGGGCGAACUGUGACUCAUAAGUACAUACUAGAACCAUGAGGAUAAUAGAACCUGCA